AUGCGAACAAUGAUGACGCACGACAGCGGGUCGGCGCCAUCAAAGGAGUCUCAGAAGCCAAGUCCGAGCAGCGGAAGCAUGGAUAUGGACGACGACGAUCCGUACAUGCAGGAAGCAGCAGACGGACUCUCGAAGGCUUUGGGCCCUGGCUGGAACAAGCAGACCCUUGAGGCUGAUGCCGACAGGAAAACCAGCGCACUUUUGAAGGGCAUCUCUGGUUCUUCCAGUCUCCGCGGCCUUACCGACAUGCUUGGAUCGCUUCGCUGA